AUGGCCGUCAGCCAUGUGUCGAGGUUGUCCCAGCGGGUUGUGGGACCGGAACAAACUGGCUUCACUGUGGGCGAGAGGAACACAACACACGCAGAGAGACCAGGACUCUCUAACUGCAGUGUAACAGAAGAAGGUUAUAAAGCUCUGGCUUCAGCUCUGAGAUCAAACCCUUCACACCUGAUAGAGCUGGAUCUCACAGGGAAUGAUCCUGGAGAAUCAGGAGUGAAGCAGCUCAAUGAUUUACUACAGGAUCCAGACUGUCAACUGAAGACACUGAGGUUUUUGAGUCCUGCUGCAGAGGAAGCCUGUCAGUAUGUGAAUAGAGUUGUGGGUGAAAACCCGUUUCUCCAGAGAAAGCUGAAUCUGAGUGUACAUAAACUAGGAGACACACGAGUGAAUCAGAUCGCUGCUCUACUGCAGGAUAAACACUGCCAACUCAACACACUGACUCUGAGUAGAUGCAGUAUUACAGAGAAACAGAGUCUCAUCCUGACUUCAGCUCUGAAAUCAAACCCAUCACACCUGAGAGAGCUGGACCUGAGCGGGAAUAAUCUAGGAAACACAGGAGUGAAGCACUUAUGUGCCGUACUGAAGGAUUCACACUGUAAACUGGAGAGAUUGAGACUCUCUAACUGCAGUGUAACAGAAGAAGGUUAUAAAGCUCUGGCUUCAGCUCUGAGAUCAAACCCUUCACACCUGAUAGAGCUGGAUCUCACAGGAAAUGAUCCUGGACAAUCAGGAGUGAAGCAGCUCAAUGAUUUACUACAGGAUCCAGACUGUCAACUGAAGACACUGAGGUUUUUGAGUCCUGCUGCAGAGGAAGCCUGUCAGUAUGUGAAUAGAGUUGUGGGUAAAAACCCGUUUCUCCAGAGAAAGCUGAAUCUGAGUGAACAUAAACUAGGAGACACACGAGUGAAUCAGAUCGCUGCUCUACUGCAGGAUAAACACUGUCGACUCAACACACUGACUCUGAAUAGAUGCAGUAUUACAGAGAAACAGAGUCUCAUCCUGACUUCAGCUCUGAAAUCAAACCCGUCACACCUGAGAGAGCUGGACCUGAGCUGGAAUAAUCUAGGAGACUCUGGAGUGAAAAACCUCAGUGAUCUACUGAUGAACCCACAAUUCAAGCUGGAGAAACUACAUCUACAGUGCUGUGGCAUUACAGAUGUUUCUUCUUUAACUCAGUCUUUGACUAACUCAAAAGCACUGCAGUUUUUAAAAGAGCUUGAUCUGAGAGGCAAUACGAUAGGAGACUCAAAGCAGCGGCUCAGAGACGAGCUACGAGACUCAAACUGUGUCCUGAGGUGA